ACAUGAUUCGCUAACUGCUGACAACGUCAACAUUCGUAGUUGAUCUAAUAUGAUCUUUAUUUCCACGAUGCGCGAGAAGAUUUCUGUCAAGCAACGGCUAAACAAAUUGAGACAAGCCCUCACUUUGCUGACAAGACAAGCAAUUAUGCCAACGUGACAUCGCUUUCAACGGGGUUUUUUCCGCUUCGUCGAAGGAAACACCGUUGUUGUCAGUUUGGGUGGAGUGAUUCCGGACUAAAUGUCUGCGGUUUUAUAGGUUUAUAUAAUUGUGAGUUUUAAUGAACAGAAUCAUUCAACCGUAAGUAGCAGAACAGAUCAAAAGUCACUUUAGAGCAGACAUCAGGUUUGUCGACCGUGUAAACUUCAUCGACAACAUAACGAAUAUCCACUUCAGAGGACGAAGAACCAUGAAGCACAACAUGACAGUUCUAUUCUGGUCAACCCUGGCCGUGCUUAUUUUCACAAAAGGUUUGGCAUCUCCGCUGAUAAAAGCUCUUUCGAAUUCGGAGUCAGGGAUUUCAGUAGCGCGUUAUGUCUGGAUAAUGUCCAGGAAUUCACGGAGCUUAGUUAGAGUUAAAGGGACUUCGGUGGACGGUAAUGGAGUCAAAACAGACGAAAGUGCUAAGCUACAGUUGGAAUCCCAACUUUAUAACGGUUCUGUCUUCGUAAGAAUACGAUCCGUGACAGAAAAUUCUUAUCUCUGUGUCAACGACGCCGGAGACCUCACAGUAGAAGUGCAUGGAAAUACAUUCAAACAUUGUUUAUUCACAGAGGACACACACUCAGGGUACAGAACAUUUCGAUCAAUAAGAAACUCAACUUGGUAUCUUGGUUUUAAACGAAAUGGUAAAGUAAAACAACCGCAUAACACGACAUAUUCCCAGAAGGCAGCGCGAUUUGUGCCGUAUUUUUCACUCAGCUCAAUUCCUUAAAAAAUUAUCGCUGAGAAAAUUUAAUUUAUUUCAGGAUUAAGUAUUUAUAUAAUGUAUUUAAGAAGGGUUAUUUAACACACUAAGUUAUGAGAACACGUGAAUACCUUCCAAGAGGGUAAUUUUUUUUAAUUGUAAGAUACGGAACAUUAUAAAGUAUGAAUUUGUAAACAACGCAUUUGAAGCAUUGAAGUGUCAUAUUUAUUUAUAUAUUAAUGUACUAUACAUUUAUUUGAAGAGAAUAAAAUUCUCUUCACGUAAUUUAUUAGAUCCUGCAUUUUUCCAAUGUCUUUUCAGAUAACUCACGAUACUGUGUAUCGUAUAAGUAGUUCAUAUUGACUAACUUGUAGAUUGCGUUGCCGAAUGAUAGGUUUGAGGAAGUUACAUACGUGACGCACACUGUAACUGACUCUUUCUUGUCUUCUAAAGCUGUUUGUUUUUCACUUUACAAAUUAAUUUGUGUUAAAAUAAUUAUUUCACUUUUUACUACCCUAUGGUUGUUUGGAUAAGGUCUCUGGCUUCCCCUCUCCUAGCUCUGGAUUUCAUAUCAAAUCCUUAAAUUUUGAGUCGCAAACUGUGU